AUGUCGACAGAAGGAGAAAACACUGCCCCUCAGGGCAAUGUUGUGGUAGAGUCGCAAUUUCAGAAACCCGGCGACUUGGUGGAGAGAAAUGAAGAUACUGGCGUUAUGUCACUGGAGAGUCUCUGCAUGAACUGCCAUGAAAAUGGUGUCACCAGACUUCUACUCCUCCGAGUACCUUUCUUCCGCGACAUUAUCCUCGAAUCUUUCGAAUGCGAGCACUGCGGCCACCGAGACAACUCCGUCAAAUCCGCGGGUCAGAUUCAAGAAAAGGGAACGAAAUACACACUGGACGUUGAGAACGAGGAGGAUUUCCAGCGCCAAGUCAUUCGAAGCGAUGUCUCGAUUUUCAAAGUCGAAUCGCUCGGUAUUGAGAUGCCCAAGGGCGAAAGCCAGCUGACCACAGUGGAGGGAGUUAUUCAGCGCAUUUACGAGAACCUGUCCAGCGAGCAGCCAAUGCGCAAGGUGGAAGCGCCCGAGCUGCACGAUGCGCUCGUGCCUAUCCUCGAGAAGCUCGAGAGAAUUCUGAAGCGAGAGGGCUUUCCUUUCACCAUCUCGCUCGAUGAUCCCACCGGUAACUCAUGGAUCGCGCCGAAUACACAGGACAAGACAAACAAGUACAGACGCCGCGACUAUCCCCGUACGCACGAACAGAACGAAGAGCUCGGUAUUGCUGCCGACCCCGAGGCCCAGAAGAAUGAAGGCAUUAACGUGGAGGGCGAGAUUGACGACUCGGAAAUUGUCGAAGGCCAGGUUUACAGUCUGCCCGCCGAGUGCCCCGGCUGCACGAAGGCAUGCUUUGUCAACAUGAAGAAAGUCAACAUUCCCUACUUCAAGGAGGUUUUCAUCUGGGGUACAGUUUGCGACCACUGCGGCUACCGCACUAGCGAGGUCAAGACCGGUGGUGAGGUCCCCGAGAAGGGCAAGCGCAUUACCCUUCGUGUCGAGAACGAGGUCGACCUGUCGCGUGAUAUCCUCAAGUCCGACACCUGCGCGCUUCACAGCGAUGAGCUUGAGGUGACUGUUCAGCCUGGUACCCUUGGCGGCCGCUUCACCACCGUUGAGGGUCUGCUCACGGAAAUUCGCGAUCAGUUGCACGGCCAGAUCUUCGAUGUCGACGACACCACCAACUCUGGCGGUGACAGCAUGGCAACGUCUGACAAGGAAAAGUGGGAGCGCUUCUUCAGCCGUCUCGACGAUGCGAUCAGCGGAAAGAUGAAGUUCGUCAUUACUCUGGAGGAUCCUAUGGCCAACAGCUACGUUCAAGAUCUGUGUGCUCCCGCUGCCGACCCUCAAAUCACCACUGAAGAGUACACUCGUACGGAAGAGGAGGAAGAGGAGCUUGGUCUGAGAGACAUGAAGGUUGAGGGGUACGAGCAAGAGCAGAAGGAAGAGAAGCCCGCCGAGGGCACUGAUGAACAGAAGUCAUGA